AUGCACCAGGUUUUCAAAGCCGCGAAGGAGAGCAAGCUUCGACACACCACGGCGUUGGUGGCGUGCACGGGGGAGAAAUGGACGGUGAAGGAAUACUACGACGAUUGCGUGAAAACGGCGAAAUCGUUCAUUCAUCUCGGAUUGGAACGAUACGAGUCGGUGUGCAUUCUCGGGUUUAACUCUCCGGAAUGGCUGAUGGCGAACAACGGCGCCAUCUUCGCCGGGGGGUUCGCGGCCGGGAUUUACACGACGAACGAACCGGCGGCGUGCGAGUACAUCAUCGAGAACUCGAGCGCGCGCGUGGUUGUCGUGGACGGGCAAAAGCAAUUGGAUAAGAUCUUGGAAAUUCGAUCGCGAUUGCCCAAGCUCAAGGCGAUCGUGAUGUACCGCGAAGACUCCUUCUCGGAUCCGGCUGGCGCGAAGGACGCGUCGCUCGCCAAGGUGUACACGUGGAAGGAUUUCUUGAAGCUCGGCGAUGCGGUGAGCGAUGAUACCCUCGAAGCUCGCAUGUCCGCGCAAAAGCCGGGCAACUGCUGCACGCUCAUCUACACUUCCGGAACCACGGGCAACCCGAAAGGGGUGAUGAUUUCCCACGACAACUGCACGUGGACGGCGUCGUCGAACAUUUUGCACAACCCAACGAUUACUUCGGGGCCGUUGCGUGUGGUGUCGUACUUGCCGCUUUCGCACAUCGCCGCGCAAAUUGUCGACAUCCAUUCGCCGUUGAUGUGCAUCGUGGACUUUGACAAGACCGCGGCCGUGUAUUUUGCGCGCCCGGACGCGCUCAAGGGUACGCUCAAGGAAACGCUCAUCGAAGCCAAACCGACGGUGUUCUUCGCCGUGCCGCGCGUUUGGGAGAAGUUUGCCGAAGGCUUGCAAGCCAAGGGUAAGGAAAUCACCGGUUUGAAGGCCAAGAUCUCCGCCUUCAUGAAGGGUAAGUGCGCGGGCGUGCACGCGGCGUCUCAAGUCGGAGCCACCGUCGGCCACCCGUUCAUGGGCGGCUUCGCGAUGAAGUUCAUGAAGAAGAAGGCUCACGCCGCUAUCGGUCUCGAUCAAGCGCGAGUAUGCCUCACGGGCGCUGCGCCGAUCAUGAAGCACACGCUCGACUACUUCGGCACGAUCGGCAUCCACAUUCUCGAAGUUUACGGUAUGUCCGAAAACACUGGUCCGCAAAAUGUGUGCAAGUCUGAUUACUUCAAAGCCGGUUCUUGCGGCGUGCCGAUUCCGGGCGUCGAGAUCAAGCUCGACCACGUCAAGGGGCGCGACAAGGAUGGCGAAGGUGAGAUUUGCUUCCGUGGCCGUCACGUCAUGAUGGGUUACCUCAACAACUUGGCGAAGACCCAAGAAAGCAUCGACGAAGACGCGUGGUUGCACAGCGGCGACGUCGGCGCCAUCGACCCGGAGACGAACAUGCUUUCCAUCACCGGUCGCAUCAAGGAACUCAUCAUCACCGCUGGUGGCGAGAACAUCGCACCGGUUCCUGUCGAAGAUGCCAUCAAGGGCUACCUUCCGGCGAUCUCUAACGUCAUGAUGGUUGGCGACAAGCGCAAGUACAACACCAUGCUCGUCACCUUGCGUCAAGUUCCCGACGGCGAAGGUUUCACGGAAAAGCUCUUCGGCACGUCUCUCGAGGUCAACCGCGACGUGACGACCGUGAAGCAAGCGCAAUCUGACGCGAAGUGGAAGGCUUACAUCGAAGAAGGCAUCGCCAAGUACAACAAGACCGCGGUUUCCAACGCUCAACGCAUCCAAAAGUUCAAGAUUCUCGACACCGAUUUCUCCGUGCCGGGCGGUGAGCUCACGGGCACUCAAAAGCUCAAGCGCAACGUCGUCACUGAGAAGUACGCCGCUGUUAUUAACUCGAUGUACUAA